AUGUUUGUUCAUGAGAGCAUACAAGCCUGGGCGGACAGGUGGGCUAUUCUAGACGGUUUGGAGAAAGCUGUGUCUACGGGAUUUUUCAUGGUCGUCAUUGGCGUAUUCGUGCUCAUGUUGAGGUUCCGGGGGAACACCCUUAAACGUGCAGAAGAGUUCUUUGUUGUCGUUGAAGAUGGAGAAGGCUCAGAAUGCAGCACGUAUGUCGAUUCUACAGCUGAGUCGGUUAGUGAUAUUGACUUUUAA